AUGGACAAAGAAGCACUCACAAGAUCGGUGGAGACCAAGGUUGGAGAAAAAGUCACAUUUGACGAGCAAGAAGCGAUGAUCACGGACUUCGAGAGUGUUGCCUGGCCUGUCGCUGCCGCUCUUCUGAUCAAAGAGAAUGGAAGGGGUGGUAGGAUUCAAGUCCAUGAGCAAUCGGGAAAGUGGGUGUUGACCGUGAUGACGGGACCUCAGUUCAACGAGAAAUACUCGCUCGUCUGGCUGAAAAAGGGUCAAAAUCUGCGAUUUUAUGGGAAACCAUCGGUCUGGUUUUUCAGACCUGCCAAUCCCGGUGCAUGA